AUACCGGGAUGGAAACGCGGCGGCACCUCAGGUGUCCGUUGUCCGCCGUGCGAGAGAACCGUCGUCGACAUGGAGGAGGACGAGCAAAAGAUGGCCGUGAUGAGGAAAGCGUUCCAGAUGUUUGACACAACCAAAAGCGGUGUCAUCGACACCCUUAAGAUCUCGACAAUCCUGAACACGAUGGGCCAGCUGUUCGACGACGCGGAACUGAAUUCGUUGAUCCAGGAGAACGAUCCGGAGGGGAUCGGUAAAGUGAACUUCGACGGUUUCUGCAAGAUCGCCGGUCGAUUCCUGGAGGAGGAGGACGCAGAGGCAAUGCAAGAGGAAUUGAAAGAGGCGUUCCGUUUGUACGAUCGCGAGGGAAAUGGAUAUAUAACGACCGCGACCCUGAAAGAGAUCCUAGCCGCUCUCGACGACAAAUUGACCAGCGCCGAUCUCGACGGUAUAAUCGCUGAAAUCGAUACCGACGGCUCCGGCACGGUCGACUUCGAUGAGUUUAUGGAGAUGAUGACAGGAGAGUGAUGAUCGCUUCGGAGGCAACCGACAGAAUGAUGUUAACGAGGAACACGAUCGGAACGUUAUUUUAAUAUUUCCGUCAACGCUAGUUAGUUCGAUGAUUUGUUUAAUAAAAUUGUUAAGUUAA